AUGGCAAGAGCAGCAUUGAAACUACUUGCACUUGCUAUCCUCCUAAUUUUGUUAUUUCUACUUGACCUAUCAUUUGCACAAUUGCGGCCCCUAUGCCUCUCUCAAUUUGCACUCGCUAACCAAGCUUGUGUUGUUUUGCCAACAGAGGAGGUCUCUAGGGAUUCGAGCCUAGCGAAACUACAAGAGGAAGAUGAGUAUGAUGAUGAUGAGCAUGAGGAUCAUCAUGGGCAUGGGCAUGGGCGUGGGCGUGGGCAUAGGCAUGGGCGUGGGCAUGGAGAAGAGCCACGUGUAAACACAGAUUGUUGUCGAUGGCUAGCUGAGGUGGAUGAGGCAUGUGUGUGUGAAGCUUUGCUCCGAAUGCCUCCAUUCUUUAUCAAAGCCAAGCACACUUACAUCAUAAAGGUUGGCAAGACUUGUAAACAUGAGUACAACUGUAGAGGGAUCUAG